UCUUUUUUUUGUUGUUGACAUGGUUGACAUUUGCUGCUUUCACGAAAGAGUAUAUUUUCAGGAUUUUCGUUUGAUUAAAUAAACAAACCUAAAAAAGGUUAAGAAUUGUACAGGCUAAAUAUACCAACACAAAUCAUGGCAGACGUUGCAACAGACAUUUCGAAAAUGAAGGUCGCCGACUUGAAAAAGGAGCUAAAAAAUCGUGGAAAAUCGACUGUGGGAAACAAAACAGAAUUAACUGAACGUCUCCAAGCUGCAUUGAUCGAAGGCGACAACACCCUGCUUGACGAGUCCGUGCUAAAUGAUGAUAUUAUGGACGACGACGAAUUAAAUGAAGAAUUAGACGAUGAGGUCCAUCACGACAGUGAUUUCAAUCAUGAAGAUGUUGUUUUGAAAACUCCGCCCGACAGUAUUAAAUCCAAAUCGCCUGAACCAAGCAGCCAGCCAACGGAUGCCAAUACAAAGAAAGUAAUUUUGAAACGAAAAUUGAACAUUGUUGUUUCGCCAGAUGCACCAUCAACAGACGAGGUCUCUACGCCCACUCCGUUGGAAAAAACCAGAAAAUUCACAAUCACUAGUCCAACAGCAGCCGCUACAGACGAUCGAACAAUUACCAUUUCAAAUACAGACAAAACAAACGAAGAUGACAAAAAGGUCGUCAAACUAUCACAGCUCACAGCUAAGGAACGUUUGGAAUUGAGGGCGAAGAAAUUCGGCGCACCCAUUGCUACAGAAUCGUUAAAAGCGGCCAGAUCCGAACGGUUCGGACUAACACCGAUAACCACAACGGCAACUGAUGCUAAGACUGAGUCAAACACAAAUUCCAGCGUCAAGAACGGCAGCAGCUCGGUUGCGAAUGUGGAUGUACUUAAGAAACGCGCUGAACGUUUUGGUGGAUCGGUGUCCAAAGAGAUGAAUAAAAUCGAGAAUCUCGAGAAAUUGCAAAAGCGAUCGGAAAGAUUCGGUAAAUCGGAUGAGAAUAAAGCAGCCGUUUCCGGUUCGAGCGUUACAACAUCAAACGAACAGAUGGCCGAAAAGGCUCGCCAACGCUUAGAACGAUUCAAGACAACGGCGUAAAUGUUGAACAUGCAAAAUCUAACAACAACAACAACAAAAGGUGAAAAUGCUUCGUCAUUGUCGCCCAUACGCUAGUUGCUCUCGAACACAACAACUUGACUCUUUUCUUUUUCUAACAGUUAAUGGAAUCAUGGAUUUAAUUUACGUUUUGUCGUCCAUAAUGUUUUGACGUGGGAGUGCCAAUAUUAUGGAAAGGGAAAAUAAUAUUCGUUUUUAUACAAAUUUGAUGCAAUUAUAUCUGAUUAAAGAUAGCUUACUCAAGUUUGAAAAUCCA